AUGGCUCGCAAGUUCUUCGUCGGCGGCAACUUCAAGAUGAACGGCUCCAAGUCGUCCAUCAAGGAGAUUGUCGAUAACCUCAACAACGCUGAUCUCGACAAGAACGCUGAGGUUGUUGUCUCUCCUCCCGCCAUCUACCUCCCUCUCGUCCGCGAGACCCUCCGCAAGGACAUCGAGGUCGCCGCCCAGAACGUCUUCAACAAGCCCAACGGUGCCUUCACCGGCGAGAUCUCCGUCUCCCAGCUCAAGGACAGCAACAUCAACUGGGUCAUCCUCGGCCACUCUGAGCGUCGUGAGAUUCUCGGCGAGUCUGACGAGACCAUCUCCUCCAAGACCAAGUACGCCACUGAGAACGGUCUCAAGGUCAUCUGGUGCUGCGGCGAGACCCUCGAGACUCGUGAGGCUGGCAAGACCAUCGACUUCGUCUCUAAGCAGCUCGAGUCCCUCAAGUCCCAGAUCUCCGACUGGUCCAACAUUGUCAUUGCCUACGAGCCCAUCUGGGCUAUCGGCACUGGCAAGGUUGCUACCACUGAGCAGGCCCAGGAGGUCCACAAGGCUAUUCGUGACCUCCUCCGUGGUAUCAGCGACAAGGUUGCUGACGAGACCCGAAUCCUCUACGGCGGCAGUGUCAACGAGAAGAACUGCGGCGAGCUCUCCAAGCAGCCAGACAUUGACGGUUUCCUCGUUGGCGGUGCUUCUCUCAAGCCUGCUUUCGUCGACAUCAUCAACGCUACCAAGCAGUAA